AUGAAAAUUUAUACCAACGAAGGAAAUCCGUUUGGAUUAAAAUUACAAUUGUUGGCGAAGUUCGCCAAUAAACCAGUGGAAGUCAUUAAAGUCACGUUAAAUGACCCUGCCAGCAAAGAUUUUUUAGUCUUACCAAUAUUGGAGCUAGAAAGUGGUUUGAAAUUGUUUUCGACGGAUGCGGUUGCAAGAUAUCUAUUUCCGGAUGAAGGUGCCCUUCGUGAUGAGUGGCUGGAAUGGUCAACGGUAAAAUUGGCACCCGCCCUGUCCCAACAUUUGUCCGUCGGCCACCGUGCCAAUCCUGACGCAUUACCUGUUCUAAAUUUACUAGUCAGAAAAUUAGAUGAUCGUUUGGCAGACUCAGCCUUUUUAACGGGAGAUAAAGUAAGUACAGCAGAUAUCGCUGUAUGGUCCUUAUUGGCACCCGACGGCACAAUGAAAGGUGCUCAGAAUAUACAGCAUCUUAAAGCAUGGUAUCGAAAAAUCACUGCACUACCUGAAGUUCAAUCGGUGCUAGCAGGAACUCCAUUAGCUGACUUAAGUUUCACAUCUUUGCAAAAUUCCAACCGAUAUGGUGGUCUGAAUCAUGUUCCCGUCCGCGUGCAUACAGCAUCUGAGUCGGAGAAUUUACUAGCCGAUACAACUGGAAAUUUGGCAGACACUGUCACGGAAGACGAGUUGGCGAACGCUCAAAACAGUUUUGUGCAAGUGUCUUCGCCACAACGCGUUGAACCUCGAACCGUUUUGCCAAAGGCAGGAGAACGUAACGUUUUAAUAACAUCCGCCUUACCUUACGUGAAUAAUGUGCCACAUUUGGGAAACAUCAUAGGCUGUGUGUUGUCUGCAGAUAUUUUUGCUCGAUAUUCCCGCGCCGUUGGUAACAAUACUCUAUAUAUCUGUGGUACAGACGAGUACGGCACGGCAACAGAAAACAAGGCAUUAGCUGAGAACCUCACCCCAAAGCAAAUAUGUGACAAAUACUUUGAUCUGCAUAAUUCAAUUUAUCGCUGGUUUGGCAUUGGUUUUGAUUUCUUUGGUCGCACGUCGUCGCAGCAUCAAACUGAAAUUGUGCAAGAAGCAUUUCAGGACGUUUACAAGAACGGCUAUAUAUUCACCGAGAGCGUUGACCAGCUACAUUGUGUGAAAUGUGAUAGAUUUCUGGCCGAUCGAUUCGUAGAAGGCACAUGUCCUCAUCCUGGCUGUGGAUAUGAAGACGCACGUGGAGAUCAAUGCGAUAAGUGUGGCAAGCUAGUUAAUGCCACCGAACUAAUUCGGCCACGUUGCAAAAUUUGUAACAGCGCACCAGUAAUACGGUCCUCGGACCAACUCUUCCUCGACUUGCCAAAAAUUGAACCACAACUACGUGUGUGGUUGGAGGGCUCCGAAAUGGGCUGGACCAAUAAUGCCCGCGUAAUUACUCGUUCUUGGCUACGGGAAGGUCUCAAACCGCGAUGUAUUACACGUGAUCUUAAAUGGGGUAUACCCGUGCCACUUGCUGGUUUCGAAAAGAAAGUUUUCUAUGUGUGGUUCGAUGCUCCAUACGGUUAUAUUUCCAUGACGAAACAUUACACCAGCGAAUACAAACAGUGGUGGAUACCAUCGAAGGAUGUGAAAGUAGAGCUUUUCCAUUUCAUGGCCAAGGACAACGUUCCCUUCCACUCUGUUGUGUUCCCAUCUUCACUAUUGGCGACCAACAAGGGGCACACUAUGGUAACUAAUAUUAUGGCGACAGAGUAUUUGAACUACGAAGAUGGUAAAUUCAGUAAAAGCCGUGGUAUUGGUGUGUUUGGCAACGACGCUCAGCAAACUGGUAUUUCUGCUGAUAUAUGGCGUUUCUAUCUUGCCUCUGCACGGCCGGAAGGUCAAGACUCCAACUUCAGUUGGAAUGACUUGGCUGCGCGUAAUAACUCCGAUUUGUUAAACAAUUUGGGUAAUUUCGUGAACCGUGCCUUAGUCUUCUGCGAAAAGAACUUCAACUGCGUCGUGCCGACUAUGACACUAACAAAGAAUGAGCUCAUACUGUUGGCACUCAUCAACCGCGAAGUACGAGGUUAUAUCCACUCACUUGAAAAGGCAAAAUUGCGAGACGGCAUACGGCAUUUGCUUUCGAUCUCUCGUCACGGCAAUGGUUACAUGCAAUCUCAGCAACCAUGGGUGCUACUAAAAGGCUCUACUGAGCAGAAGGCGCGCGCAGCCACCAUCAUUGGUAUUUGCGCCAACAUCGCUGCGCUUCUGGCCAAUCUUAUGUUACCAUACAUGCCAACAAUUGCGCGUACACUUUUCUCUCAGUUAAACGCUAAACCCACCCUACUAAAUCCAGAAAAACCAUUUAUCAACAUUCUUCUGCCCACUGGUCAUAACAUUGGAAAACCAGCACCCUUAUUCACCAAAUUGGAGCAGAACUUUAUUGAAGAGUUGAAAAAGAAGUUUGGCGGUGUACAGGAUCAAACCAACGACAGCCAGCCAUCAUCGGCAACAACCAAUACAAAUUCGGCGACUGCCAAGCCUUCGGCACUUCCCAGCAGCACACUUUCAGUGGCUCAGUUGGAGGAAGCCGUGUGUUUGCAAGGCGAAAAAGUACGUCAGCUAAAGGCGUCAACGAAAGACAAAGCUGUUUGGCAACCCGAAGUAAAUAUCUUAUUGGAUCUCAAAAAGCAACUGACUGCCGCUCAAGCUGUUUCGACGCCAGAGGCCAGCGACGAAAAAGUCAAGGACCUUGAACAACGUAUUACACAACAGGGCGAAAAGGUACGCCAAUUGAAAGCAAGCGGUGAUGUCAGCGUGUGGAAACCGGAAGUGGAGAAACUGCUGCAACUGAAAAAGGAUCUUGCCACACUCAGCGGCGCACCCCAACCUGCUGCUCAGGGUAAAAACAAAAAGAAAAAAUAGAUGUUGCCAAGUGUAACGAGAUAAUCCUGCAUCAUCAUGCAAUCAAGCAUUUUCUGUUUUUACAUACGUAAAGAAAUGUAUAACAUACAUCCCGGACAAGUGUUACACUCAAUUGCUUAUCUCCAAAUUUUACUUUUAAGCAUUACUUGACUGUAGCUUCAUUUCAAUUACGCUUUUAUCUGAAGGCUUGUUCAACUCAAAUGGUUGCUUUCUCUGGAUAUUAUUAAUUUAAUUAACUAAUUAAUUUAUUUUAGUGUGUUGGUUACAUGAAGUAUUUGAUUUAAUUAAAUAUUUUACACACCCCCCUUUAACCAUAAACGAGAAUAAUAUUUAUAAUUUACAUGGCUUGAUUGCUCGCAUAGAGUAUUUUAUUACUUCUUUGUUCAUAGAAAUGAAUUCAAUAAAUUUAGUAAGACAUUGCAUUAAAUGAAA